AAUUACAUUUCCUUCGCUGCCCUGAGUGAAAAAGAGGGAGCCCAAUACCUAUCGGAGAUUCACAGGAUCCGUGUCAUUCCUUCUUUGACGACACUCAGGAUCAUUCAAGAUAGUCCAGAGGACUAUCACAGCAACACUGGUGCCUUGAUAAUAGGCAAUCCCAAGGUUGAUUGGCUGCUGCCAUUGCCAUGUGCAAGAAAGGAAGUGGAUGUGGUCGGACGACUGGUAGGUGUUCCGCCUCUUGUAGACGAGAAAGCAACGAAGCAGGCGGUACUUGAGCGGAUAAGCUCAGUGAGCCUGAUACAUAUUGCUGCCCAUGGUAACGCCGAAAGGGGAGAAAUUGCCUAUAUGCGUGUAUGAAUUAAGCGUGGGGUAAAUAUUUGUUUAAGCAGAAUUGCAUGCUUAGCCGCGGGUGCUUUCAAUUUCUUUGUGAAUUCGUUUUGAUUUGGAACUAUUCUGUCCCAAUAAUUUUGUUGAAUCUUAUCGAGAUAUUUAGCCAAUCUCCCCUUGAAUUGAACAAGUUUGUUUAUUUCAUUCAAUCAGCAAAAACUUCAUAUUCCUCUUUUAAACAGUGAUACGCCAAACUUAAUGGCAUCUUUUGCAUUCUUCAGAAUUGCAUUUUCUUCGCUGCCCUGAGUGAAAAAGAGGGAGCCCAAUACCUAUCGGAGACUCACAGGAUUCGUGUCAUUCCUUCUUUGACGACACUCAGGAUCAUUCAAGGUUGAUUGGCUGCUGCCAUUGCUAUGUGCAAGAAAGGAAGCGGAUGUGGUCGGACGACUGGUAGGUGUUCCGCCCCUUGUAGACGAGAAAGCAACGAAGCAGGCGGUACUUGAGCGGAUAAGUUCAGUGAGCCUGAUACAUAUUGCUGCCCGUGGUAACGCCGAAAGGGAAGAAAUACCCUUUCCCCUUUCCUACUCCCAACAGUCGAAACACCAUCCCACCACAGGAAGCUUACAUGUUGACAAUGGCCGAUGUCUCAAAAGUGAAAGUCAGAGCUAAACUGGUGGUACUUAGCUGCUGUCACAGUGGAAGUGGAGACAUAAGAGCCGAGGGAGUUAUAGGAAUUGCCCGCGCGUUCUUAGGAUCCGGAGCUCGCUCGGUGUUGGUUGCGCUGUGGGCCAUUUCAGACUCAGCAACAGAGCAGCUGAUGAAUCGGUUCUACGAACACCUUGUUGAAGGAGAAAGUGCCAGUAAAUCCCUUCAUCAGGCUAUGAAGUGGAUGAGAAAAAACGGCUUGACUAACGUGUCUGAGUAG